UUACAGCAUCCCCAUACAAUACAGCACUCAGUCAGUGGCAUUCUGUGUGUGUCUGUGAGGGAGUGAUCAGUAGACAUGACUAUCGGAAACACUCUCCGCGAUCAUGGACAGAGGUAUCGACCACGCAUGGCUUGUCUCAAGAAGGCAGAGAAGCUACUGCUGGAGAUGCAGGACCCCAAAACAGGAGUUAAGUCACAGCCUCAGAGACUGGUUAUAACAACAAUACCACACGCUAUUACUGGUGAAGACAUAAUUGCCUGGUUAGCGGACAGAUUCCAAGUAGACACACGAGAGGCGAGGAGUUUUGCCUCCAUGCUGGUGGCGUUAGGCUACAUCUACCCUCUCCAAGACCACAAGCGCUUAGUGAUCAAACCAGAUGCAUCGCUCUAUCGCUUCCAGACGCCGUACUUCUGGCCCACGCAGCAGUGGCCUGUUGAGGAUACAGAUUAUGCAAUCUACCUGGCGAAGAGAAACAUACGCAAGAGAGGAAUCCUGGAGCUGCACGAGCAGGAGCACUACAAUCGUCUCCACAAGUGGAUGAAUCACAAAUGGGAUUUCGUCGUGAUGCAAGCUAAAGAGCAGUACAGGGCCGCGAAGGAGAGGAAGAAACCGGAUCGCGUGGUGUUUGAGUGCCAGGAGAGAGCCUACUGGGUGGUUCACAGACCCCCGCCAGUGACAGUGAGCGCCAUGGACUAUGGACUGGAUCGACUCAUAGAUCCAAACGCAGGCGAGACCAAAACACUCGACUUCUUCGAGAGAAUCAUCAUCUUCACCCAGCAGGCCAUCAUGAGGCCCAGAGUGAAGUCAUCGGUGUCCAUCAGCGCAUUGGUGAAGUACUGCUCCACCUAUAAAAGCCACGACCCUUUCCUCUCCAGUUGUCUGCCCAGCAACCCGUGGCUCACGGAUGACUCUACGUACUGGACCUUGAACAUGCCCAAUGUGGAAAUACCAACUAAGAUGCGCGUGGAGAGGUGGACGUUCAGCUUCGCUGAGCUGCUCUCGGACCCUCGAGGACGAGACGACUUCAGACUCUUCCUGAAGAAAGAAUUCAGCGGUGAGAACUUGGCAUUCUGGGAGGGCUGCGAAGAUCUGAAGUGGGGCGAAGCAGCGUCGAUGAAAGAGAAAGCAGAGCACAUCUACAAGACAUUCCUGGCACGCGGCGCACCGCGGUGGAUCAACAUCGACGGAAAGACGAUGGAGGUCACGGUGAAGGGCCUGAAACACACACACAGAUACGUGCUGGACCCGGCCCAGACUCACACCUACAUGCUCAUGAAGAAGGACUCGUACGGCCGGUACCAGAAGUCUCCAGUGUUUAAGGAUACGGUGAAGAAGGCCAUCUGUCCUGAAGAGCACCGUUACAGUGAGGUCCAGUUGCAGCAGAAUUCAAAGAAGAGACGGCCGAAUCUCAGCCCCAUCAUCCUCCGGCAGAUGGAGCAGGAACAGCGGGCCAAGAUGGCCGCCAAUGUUGACAUCACACAGGUCAUGAGCAAACUCAGCAAGCAGGGCAAGGAGGCGCCCCCCCCUCCUCGUCCUCCCGCUCAGAAAUAAACAUAAACACGUGAUGUUCACAGAUUUUAGAGACGUGGAAUCAAUAAAAAAAAAUACGCUGCAGUUUAUUCACGAAUGAUAAUGUUUACGUUUAAAUGGAUUUGACUUUUAAGUAUAAAACUGCUGUCAUCAAUAUUUUAUAACAACAAUAGGACUAAUUAUAUUUUAAUGUGAAAGGGUCGCUCCUCCUGAUGAACCUCACUUCAGUUCACACACUUUAUAGAGCUUUAAAGCAUUUCAGUUCGUAGUUUUGGUUUUACUACCUGCAACGUUGUUGUUGUGGUUCACUCUUAUAGUGUAGUCUUUUGGGAUAGAAUAUCCUGUGUGUACUACCUGCUCAGCAACAAAUAGCAGAUGUACAGAGUUAGCAACCAUUUGGUGAACAGAGUGGAGCAUGUAUUAGCUCAAGAGACAUGCAUUUCCCUCAGGAGAUGGGAGAUAAAAAACCGAGCUACAAAGAGAUGAAACAAGACUAAAAAAGUGUGACAAUCAGUUGAAAAAUAAAGUAUUAGUUUGUGGAUGUUUCAGCCUCAAAUGGCCACACAAAUAUAUCUACAUUUAUUCAAACACAACACUGAAAACAGCCGUCAUGCUGAUGUGUUAGUUAGUGCGGCAGAAAGUCAUUUUAUUAAUAAAAAAAAGAUAAAUGGAAAAUGGAGUUGGUAUGGAAUGUGCAAUACUGAAAAUAUGUAAUUUAGUUGAGAUUAUUUGAAAGGCUCAGCUCUUUCAACAUUUCCUCACUUACCUCUCUCGGCAUCGAGCCCUGCUCAUAUGACACCGUGGGAGAUUGUUUCACUAAAUUGUAUGUAUUUACCUGGAAAAUGUCUCAUAAAACCACAAUGAGAGGUAAAGUUGUGUGAUUCGGGUGAACUUUAAAAACAUCCUAAAUAACUCCGGUCCAUACACAAGUCAUGCCAAACGGCCACAUCUGUUACCAUCUGUUACAUGAUGUCCAUAAAGGUGUUCAUGUUGUUUCUCAUAAUGAAUGUGUUGGACUGUCCAUCUUCACACAGACACUGUUCUGUACUGUACAGAAUGUUUUCUUUGUCAUCAGUCAUUAACUAAUAAAACACCCACAAGCCA